AUGGAAUGGGAAAGACCAACGACGGUGACGAAAGUCAGAAGUUUCUUGGGCUUAGCCGGAUAUUACCGGAGAUUUAUUGAAGGAUUUUCCUGGAUUGCACUACCGAUGACUAAGCUGACGAGGAAGGAGGUGCUGUUUGUGUGGAUGUCGGAGUGUGAAGAAAGUUUUCAGGCCUUGAAACAAAAGUUAACUUUAGCGCCUGUUUUGAUUUUGCCAGAACCGCACGAGCCGUUUGAAGUAUACUGUGAUGCUUCCUUGAAGGCUUUGGGUUGUGUGUUGAUAAAGGCGAACGUGGUGGCGGAUGCGUUGAGUCGGAAGUCUUUGACGAUAGCUUGGAUGAGGAUCAAGGAAGAGGAGCUAGUGGAUAUGUUUGUGGAUCUUAAGUUGGAUAUUGGUAAAGUUGCCAGAAGCGCUUGUUUGAACCAGUUAUAG